AUGAGUUCGUUAACUUUUGUGCGUGUGUGUGUAUGUGCAUGUGGGAAGGUGUCGAGUAUAAUGUUCAGCGUUAGUUUCAAGGUCACAGGCCUGAGUACCCCCCACCCACCCACAAGGCCUGUGCACACACACAGACUGACGCUCACUCACACACACAGACGUAGACAGAGGAUGGUAAUAGCGGUGCUGACAGACGUGUGUGACCAGCUGAGUUUGAAGCCUGUGCCGCAGUUGAAAGCUCUGAAAGGCCGUCCGGACACUUUGAAACAUCAGCGAGUGGAAGCAGCAAAGAGAGAGACAUCUGUAAACAAGACUCGAGAACAGACGAGGGAUUACUGCAAAUGUUGA